GGCGUGGGGCGACUUUUGACGCGCGGCAGCGGAGGCUCGGAGGGGCGCAACGCACAUGGCAGCAUGGACCGCGACGUACUCUGGUGGAAGGGGCAGCUCGCGGCCGACGUUAACCAAACGCUCCGGCUCAAGGAGCUGAAGCUGCCGGCGUACAGGGCGCAGUCGCCCCAGAUCAGCCUGCGGAGAUUCUUUGCCGACUUGCUGGCAAUACUGAGCAACCGCUUCAAGCUCUGCCCGACGGCGCGCCACCUGGCUGUCUACCUGCUGGAUCUUUUCAUGGACCGUUACGACAUCUCCGUCAAGCAGCUCUACAUUGUCUCCCUUUCCUGCCUUGUGCUAGCAAGCAAGUUCGAGGAGAAGGAGGACCGUGUGCCCAAGCUGGACCAGCUGAACGCGCUGGGCUUCAUGAGCCACAUGAACCUGCGCCUGGGCAAGCAGGAACUGCGACAGAUGGAGCUGCUGCUACUCGACUCGUUCCAGUGGAACCUGUGCCUCCCGACGCCGGCACACUUCAUCGACUACUACUUGUGCUCGGCCGUCAAUGAGACGGACCUGCACAAUGGCUGGCCACUGCCUGGCCUGGCCAAGAGCCGCUUCUAUAUGGAGAAGUACACCCACUACUUCCUUGAGGUGUCUCUGCAAGAUCACGCGUACCUGAGGUUUUACCCAUCCCAGGUGGCGGCUGCUUGCAUUGCGGCCUCAAGAAUCUGCCUCAACCUCACACCGUCGUGGCCUUCACAUCUGCAGCGGCUCACCAGCUACACAUGGGACCACCUGACUCCAUGCAUCGAACUCAUGCUGCUCAGAGCACAUGAGAACGACACCAAGGAAGCAACCAAACAGAGCCCCCUUCACCACCACCACCACCACUCUCCCCAGCCGCACCGUUCCCAGGAGCUGGCGUUCCAACCUUCCAACGUCGCUCAAUCGCCACAGAUCUCGCUGCCGCUUAUCCCACAGCCGGCGCAGAUCUCGCACCCGGCCCUGCUGCAUGAGUCGCCACAGAUGGAACAUUCGCAGCAGCGCUCGCAGCAGCAUGCUCACCACCACCUGCACCACCACCCCCACCACCGUCACUCAUUGCAGCUGAUGCAGGGUGUUCAUCUUCACGAGUCGCCGCAGCUGGGCAGCAGUGGCCACCUUCCGCAUCCGACACAGCAGGCACAAACGUUUGGCCAGACUCAGAUGUACGGUCACUCUGCUGUGGCAGCUGUUGCCUCCACGUCCACCACUUCCUCCUCAUCAUCAACAUCAUCAUCAUCGUCGUCUUCGUCGUCGUCAUCCCUGCUUUCUUCGUCACACAUGUUGCCUGGGCACCUGAGCCUGGCUGCUGCAUGCGCGCCUGCCACCCAGGCCUACCCGCUUUCAGCACUGCAGGGCGCAGCCCACAUCCUGCCCGCGCAGGCCCCGAUGACCCUCGAGGUGUCUAUGGUUGCCGACUCCACCAAGCCAUUCCUCAGCGGACCCUACAACAUGAGCUUUAAGAUGUAUGGCCACUACGGCGGCAUCCCGACAGCCUGCUUCGAGCGGUAGCUUUGCAAAGAGCCCACCUGCAGCAAAGACCUGCUAUUUUGUUUCAUAUUACCUGGGUUUAAGUCUGCCUCGUUGAAGAUUUUUUUUGCCUUGUUUUACCUAAGACUACUGGGAUGCUGCCAUCAUACGUCACCACUCUGGGGAGGAUGAAGUAAAACCUCGUUACAACACUAUUCAGGGAUAAGAACACUAAUUAUAGGUAAACAAGGUGGCAGCUAUUGCAGAAUCACUUUUUGGAUUUGCUUUCGAGUUAUAAUUUUUCCCUGAUUUCUGGUCAGUGCCAAAUGCUGAGGGGGUGGAGGGUUAAAGGCAGGAACGAGUUUUCAGCUCUGUGCAUGUCAAAUGAUCUUGACUAAGCAACGCAAGCAAUGCAAGUUUUUAAAGAAGAUUUUUUGUAAUGUUUCCUUGGCCUUUGCUGAUACUAGGUGCAUCUGCGGUUGACUGGUUGAUUGCUGUCAUUUGGUAGUGUCCACAAGUUUAGUUGGUAACUUCGCUGGGGGUUUGUCUUGCAAUUGACUGUGAAUUGUGAGGAAUCCACGGUUUUUUUUCCGGGUUUGGAAUUUGAUACUUGAAUUAACGAAUUACCUCCAUUGCGAUGUUGCAUUAUGCUUUUGCACUGACAUUUGUAUAAUGGAUGGUGUAAUUCCAGCUGUGAUUAUAGUCAUCCCAUCGAUUCGGUGUUUUGUGCAUUUCUUGAUAAAAGAGUGCAAUGGUAAAACGUUCAAAUAAUUGUUACAUAUGCACUGUUUUAGCUGUACGGUUGUGGUGACAAAGCAUCCAUCUCCAACUUGUGCAUUCUUUUGGAUUUUUUCUUUAAAAUACAUUGAUCAAAUAUGGUAUGCAGCAGACAUUUUUGUGUUGGUCAACCGCCUAAAUUGUCAUUUCUAAAUUUUAGCAAUCAGCCUGCAACAAACAAAGUACCUGGCUGAAUCAACAACUACUACUGAUGUUAAUUGUACAUAUGACAUUGUAUGCCCUAGCUGAGAAUGUUGAAUAUUUUUUUAGCAUUGGUAAACUGUAAAGGAAAGUAUUUGCUACAAGCAUUAAAGUUUUUCUCCCAUUUCCUCUGACUUGUUUUCAAUGCAUGCUUUUUUUACUUUGUCAUGUAUUUAAAUGCUUAUGCUGAUCAUUGGUGCAGUUUUACCCACGGGUUCCGUCCACUGUAUAAUUUGGCAUCGUUUGUAAACUAAUAGCAUUAUCAUUUAAAUUACCUCAAAGACCACUUGGUUUUCGACAAAAAAAAAGAUAUUUGUGAGGUGUACAUUUUUUUAUUAUGUUUUUGCAUAUUUUUUCAUGGCCAACGUUUGUCAGUGAUUUAGACUCAUUAACGUUGCUUUUUUAUUGUGUGUAUCACGGUUUAGUUGUGCCUUUGCUGAGAAUAGGUAGCUGCCAAAAUUUAUUUGGUUUUCAUUUACAGUUUGGUUUUAUACAGGACCAUAACACUUUCUGUUAGUACUGUAAGUGCGAUAUGCAUAGAUGAAAAUAAAAGCUGUACAAGUGCUUCAGUUGUAAGCGGUUAUUGCAGCUAUUUGCUGUUGUACUUGCUAAGCUAAAGAUUGUAAUUUUGGUGGGCAUGUUAUUGCCAUGUAUUUCUGUAAUAUUUUCUUGUUGGCGUCUAUAUCACUGCUAAUGGUGGUGAAAUUAUUUUGUCAUUCAAUGUAUCCAUGUAUUACAUUACUACCAAUUCCAUUUUGUUUCUGUUGGAUCACUGUAUUAUAUGCAAAUUUGAUUUCUUUUUUUUAGUUUGAAAUUAGAUACAUUUUAGACGCUCAAGUUCAACGUUCUCUUUUUAUAGACCAUAUUUUACAUACUGUAUUAUGUUUGGACCUAGAUUUGAACAUAUCCUCAUUAAUUUCUAUUUGAAAGUAAUACUUUUCCAAACAGAUUCUGUCUAUUUUUAAUAUAUGAUGGCUGUGGUACAUUAUUGGUUCAUUUUGUUUCUUAACUGUGCCUGCAGAAAUUGGUCUGCAUUUUAGGUAACCUGUUCACUACAUCUACAUUUCUUUCCACUACAAGUAUAUAACAUGUUCCCGAUUAUUUGACACGCAAGGUGUGCAAAUUGUCAUGAGUUUGCAGUCUUUUGUGCGAAGAAUUAUGGUGCAACAAUCACUGCUGUCUGAUUGGAUAUUUGGAAAAUGAAUUAUUAAAAAAAUGUUUUUUUAUGAAUAUUUUUUUGAUGUUUUAAAAAAAAAAUAUUGUAAAUGAAAAUUUGAAUGAAGGAACCCUUUUGCAAAAAUAAUAAUCCUCUGUAACCUGUUUUAAUUUAAAUGGCUGGCAUUGCUUUGAAGUUCUCUCCCCAGUCAGUAGUAAUUGUGUUUUGUGCCAAACUAGAAGAGAAUUUAAACAUGUCACUGGUUACUUUGUCGGACUGAAUCUGUACAGCAAUAAAUAAUCAUAUUUGAAAAAAUUAGGCCAAACACCAUUUGGUCAUACUCCAGUUAAAACGGAUUGGACCAUUGUAACAUUUUUCAAUGGUGUUCACUAAUGUUGGUGGCUAUAGAUGACUGGCGUAAUAGGGUGGGUUAUGCAAUAUGGAAACUCAAUGCAAUGUACAUGCUGUAUCGGAAGUGGCUACUGCAAACCGUGGCUUUUGUUAGUCUGUGUGACCUUCCAUAGCACCUAUAAAAGUGUCCUUAUGUCAAAAAUAGGCAACCGAGGCAUUUUACUGUAUACAGGCAACGGUAUAACAUCUUUGCAUUUGCUGUUAACAAAAGUGUAUAUAACUCUGCCUUCCACAAUAUAUUUUCCAAGUAAUUUUAAAUUACACAUUGACAAUUGGUACGCUGCUGAAAUCACGUUUUAAUUAAAAUAUAACAAGGUGCCUUAUCAGUGAGUUGUAUGUUCUAAUGGGGACUUUGUUUUUAAGGACAUGUACAUUUCCCAAUAAUCAAUACUGUAUCUUAAAUAUAUAUUUUUUAAAACUUUCUCUGGCAAUUCUAAGGUCAUCUGUCUCUUAAGCCAAUUGUUUUUGUACGUAACUUGACACUAUGGGUUCAAGUUUAUGGUGCUCUAGUUCCACCAAAAUGAUGCAGCACAUGUUUAUUUUAACUUAUUUAUAGCACGGGUGAUGUAGAAACCUUUGCUUUUUUGAUUAGUAUGAAUAUCUACAACAGUUGCUUAAGCCAAGUGGUUUGAAUGCCUGGGGCUUUAUCCUAAUUAUAAUUGGUGUUUUUUUAAAACCUAAUGUUGCUUCCUUUCCCCGUUUACUGAUUUUGACAUUCCCACACUUUUGCAUCGUCUAUUUGGAAACAUUGUGCCAUAGUUGUAUUUUAAAAUGAUUUUAAAAUGACAUGGGGUUGUAACCUGUUGUGCAUCAUCCUGUCACUGCAUCUGUUGGAUCAUAACCUCAAAGGGCAUUAUUAAAAGCACAACGUCAAAUCAA